UAUUAUAUAGCUAAACUCUCCUACGUUACUACGUACAGACACCUCUUUCCCGGCCAUUUUAUGUACAUUAAUUGGGAAUUCUCAACACCAAGCAAAACCCUGAACAUACAUCCUAAGCUGUGUGUCUAACCACAAUGGCACUGAGCAAUAAUGUUAUCGGAGGCAUCAAUUUCAUUGCCAUGCUGCUCUCAAUCCCAAUCAUUGGAUCUGGAAUCUGGCUCUCCACAGAACCAGACAACUCUUGUGUGAAGAUCUUACAAUGGCCGGUGAUCAUUCUGGGGAUAUUGAUCUUGGUUGUAGCACUAGCAGGCUUUGUCGGAGGGUUUUGGAGAGUCCCAUGGCUCCUAAUAUUCUACCUCAUCGCCAUGCUUAUUCUCAUAAUAUUGCUUGCUUGUCUGGUGGUUUUCAUCUACAUGGUCACCCUCAGGGGCUCCGGCCACCAUGUACCGAGCCGGAAUUACUUGGAAUAUCAUCUUGAUGACUUUUCAGGCUGGCUUCGUCGAAGGGUUCAAAGUCCUUUUAAGUGGGAUCGCAUAAGGAACUGUCUUAGUUCCAAAACUUUGUGUGCAGAGUUGAAUCAGAAUUAUCGUAUGGCUCAAGACUUCUUUAAUGCACGUAUUAGCCCCUUACAGUCGGGAUGCUGUAAGCCACCGACGGAAUGCGGGUACACAUUCGUGAAUCCAACGUACUGGAUAAGUCCGAUAAACACGGCGGCAGACAAGGAUUGCCUGCAAUGGAGCAACGAGCAGACGCAGCUUUGCUACAGCUGCAAUUCAUGCAAAGCAGGACUAUUGGCGAAUAUAAAGAAAGAAUGGAUAAGAGCAGACAUCAUAUUGCUCGUAACUCUGCUAGCUUUGAUAUCGGUAUAUUUGGUAGGGUGUUGUGCAUUUAGGAACGCAAAAACUGAGGAUCUCUUUACCAGAUACAAGCACGAUAACAACUAUACGUGAACGAACAUGAAAAUAUUGUAAAAUUAGACCCGCACUGCUGCACCAUCACCUAGCUAGCUUGGUGAAUGCGGGCGUUUUGGAUUAUAUUUUUCGUCUCUUUCUUUUGUUGUUUUCCAUGUCAUUUGGGUAUUGGGUACAGUACAUAUGCAUUGGGUUUGAUGACAUUGAUGUGAUUGGUGUUGAAAAAACGAUGAACGAAUUCGUCAA